AUGGAUUCCCUCACGCGUGUCCCCGUGAUCAGGAACCCGAACUACAAGCCGGCAGGCCUGAAGUCGUAUGCCUAUCUCCUGAACAAAUACCAGUUCGCUCCCACUCUCGAAGGCCCCUUCCAGAUGCUCAACGACGUCCUCCAGAAGAGCAACAUCCUCGAGCAAUUCGGCGUCGACCCCGCGGACCAGGAGAGCUUCGUCCGUGAUCUUCAACAGCUCGCCAAGGACGCAAGCAAGCUCACCUUCAAGAAGCUCAUCAGCGGCAAGGCGAGGGCCAAGCCGCGCCAGCUGGUGAAGAAGGAUACCACCACUGGGAAGCCUGGGCUUGUUGGUGCACAGGACCAGCAGAAUGACUCUUUGUAUCUCUGCCCCGUGCAAAUCGGCACUCCAGCCCAGACCGUGAACUUGGACUUCGACACUGGCUCCUCUGAUCUUUGGGUCUGGUCCACCGAGCUCGACAAACAAACCCAAGCCUCUGGCGCCGAGACUCACCAGAUUUUCAACGCCUCCAAAUCCUCCACCUACAAGAAGUCUUCGUUUUCCACCUGGAAAAUCUCAUAUGGCGACGGGUCCUCAGCCUCCGGCAUCGUGGGCACCGACCUCGUGACCGUCGGCGGCCUAACCAUCAAAGCCCAAGCCGUCGAGCUCGCCAACAAGCUCUCCACCGAGUUCCAGCAAGGCGCCGGCGACGGCCUGCUCGGCCUCGCCUUUGGCACCAUCAACACCGUCAAGCCCAGGCCCGUCCAAACCCCCGUGGAAAACAUGAUCACGCAGCGGGACAUCCCCAAGGCGGCUGAGCUCUUCACCGUCUACCUCGGCAGCUGGCGCGACGCCAACGAGGACGACAAGGGCGAGAGCUUCUACACCUUCGGAUACAUUGACCAGGACAUCAUCAAGAAGAACGGCGGCAAGAAGCCCUAUUACACGCCCGUCGACUCCUCGGACGGCUUCUGGAAGUUCGCCUCGGCCUCCGCGACCGUCAAUGGGAAGAAGAUUGCGCGUGCCGGCAACACCGCCAUCGCGGACACGGGCACCACGCUCGCGCUCGUCGACGACGCGACGUGCCAGGCCAUCUACGCCGCCAUUCCCGGCGCCGUGUACGACAGCACGAACCAGGGCUGGACGUUCCCCACGGGCACGGCGGCGGCCAAGCUGCCCGUCGUGACGUUUGCCGUCGGCGGGAAGCAGUUCCCGGUGCAGAAGGAGGACCUGGCGUUUGCGAGCGUUAGCAGCACGAUGGUGUAUGGGGGGAUUCAGUCGAGGGGUGAUUUGGACUUUGAUAUCCUCGGGGACACGUUCUUGAAGGGCAUUUAUGCCAUCUUCGAUCAGGGGGGCAAGAGGUUUGGCGCGGUUAAGAGGAUUGAGAAGUAUCAGAAUGUGUCGGCGCCGCAGCAGUAG